AUGGCGGCAGCGGAUCUGAUGGUGGUCAUAGUUGCUGUUAUAUUGCAGACGAUAAAUAACAUUUAUUUAUUUGCUCAUUUCCUACUUAUAACUCCGAUUUGCGCUGUAAUAGAUGUCCUCAGAGCGAUAACAAUGGACUGUUCCGUUUGGUUUACGGUCGCUUUCACUUCUGACCGUGGCAUCGCCAUCUGCUGUCAAAAGCUGCGAGAGCGAUACUGCACCGAGAGAGUAGCGACGAAGGUAAUAGCGACUGUAGGUGCGCUGAGCUGUGUGAGGUGUGUUCCACUUUACUUCGCAGUGGAGCCAUACGUUAUAAUCAACAACAUCCCUUGGCGUUGUGUCGAAGCAGCCAAAUACUAUACAGCCUCGGCGUGGAAAAUAUACGAAAUACUUGAAAGUGUCACAACACCGUUAUUGCCAAUAUGUUUUGUUUUGCUGUUCAAUGCUCUAACUAUCAAACACAUUUUAGCAGCAAACAGAGUCAGGCGGGGCCUGCGGAAAAGCCUGGAGAAUCAGAAGGAUGCAGAGGUAGAAAGCCGACGAAAAUCAAUGAUUUUGCUCUUCGGUCUUUCAGCCAACUUCAUUUUACUGUGGAUGCCCUACAUCGUACACUCUGUAAACUGGCAAACGGAAAAUUAUUUCUAUAUAGACAGGUCAUGGAGCACGCCGAUAUAUAUUCUGCAACAACUUGGGUCUCUGUUCAGAUAUCUCAGCAUUUGUACCAAUACGUGCAUCUACGGACUGACACAAAGAAAAUUCAGGGAAGAACUGAAGAGUGGAGCGAAAUACCUGUUUACAUUGAACGGGCGGAUCUGUAAUUGA